AUGACAUCCACUGAGCUGGAUGCGCAUGCGUCCCCAAGGGGACAACCUCCUGCUGCCGGGUCUCCUCCUGGCUUUCCCGCUGGCUCCCAGGGGCCUUCGGCCAGUCUGCCGCCUCGGGCUCCGCCCCGCCACCAGCUGAUUGCUCUCCGGGCUCUGCCCCGGCCCCCUCCUCUGGCGAGCCCCCCAAACCCACUGCCACCGGGGCCGGCUAACCACCCAUGGGAGAAAGAUAAUCUGCCCUUCGGAGGACCUAGACAGGGAGAUGUGACAGUCUAG